UGAAGACUGACUAUUAGCAGUUUGUGUUAACUCUUUUCUGCACUCGUUGGUUUGGACAAUAACAACAUUACGACAAGCGGUCCCGCUGAUAAAACCAACCCAGGCUGAAAUGGAGGAAUAUAACUCUGGCGAAGAGGUGCUCUUCAAUGCUGAUGACGCCAGUAACAACAUUAAAGAGUGCAUCGAGGGUGUCAUCGGCGGUACGGACUACAGCCAAAGUAAAGUAAACCAGUGGACCGCCAGCAUUGUGGAACAGUCUUUGACUCAUCUCGUCAAACAAGGCCGGCCUUUCAAGUACAUAGUUAACUGCACCAUCAUGCAGAAGAGCGGGGCUGGUCUCCACACGGCUAACUCCUGUUACUGGGACAACACCACGGACGGAAGCUGUACAAUCCGAUGGGAGAACCGCACCAUGUAUUGCGUCGUCGGCGUCUUUGCCGUGGCUUUGCAGCCGUGACCCCAUCCUAAGAACAAGGACGGUCGUCAGCUUUGGUAGUUUGUUUCCAAUACAGGGAAAUGGAAGUAAGAAUGUUCAGGGGGCAACAACGAAGCAGCGUGUCGCUCGUUUGUGUGAUCACUCCCGACUUUCAGGAGUUACUUUGUGGUCAGCUAAGAUUUAAACACUUGUGUAGCAAUCCCUCAGCUUUAUGUAAGCACUCCAUCAUUACAUUCCUAAAUAAAAUAAGACUGAAACCACUGCAGCAUUUAGGAAGACACACCAGAGUACUUUAAAUGUCUUUAUAUGAUACUUUAAACUUACAAAAGUAUUUAUUUACUUGUCAGAAUUUGUGUAGGGGGCACCAUUACAUUUCUUUUUUUAUAUAGUAUCUACAGAAAAAUAAAGGUGAAUUUGUCCUUAUAACACACAUCUUGUUCCAUUUUGUUUAGCAAAGGUUGUGUACUACUGUUAUAUGAACACUAUAUUGCCAAAAUUAUUUGGCCACCUGCUUUGACUCCCAUAUAAACUUGAAGUGCCAUCCCAUUCCUAACCCAUAGGGUUCAAUAUGAUGUCGGUCCACCUUUUGCAGCUAUUACAGCUUCAACUCUUCUGGGAAGGCUGUCCACAAGGUUGCGGAGUGUGUUUAUAGGAAUUUUCGACCAUUCUUCCAAAAGCACAUUGGUGAGGUCACACACUGAUGUUGGUUGAGAAGGCCUGGCUCUCAGUCUCCGUUCUAAUUCAUCCCAAAGGUGUUCUAUCGGGUUCAGGUCAGGACUCUGUGCAGGCCAGUCAAGUUCAUCCACACCAGACUCUGUCAUCCAUGUCUUUAUGGACCUGUCUUUGUGCACUGGUGCACAAUCAUGUUGGAAGAGGAAGGGGCUCUAAACUGUUCCCACAAGGUUGGGAGCAUGGAAUUGUCCAAAAUGUUUUGGUAUCCUGGAGCAUUCAAAGUUCCUUUCAAAA